AUGCCCAGAACAACGCGUGUUACUACACAAAGUAAACAUGGGAUGCGAGAGGAGAGAAGCGAUAGCAGUGAUCCGGAAUACGAAGACUCAGCGGUCGAAUCGCGCGCCGAUGGCGGCGCCGUUCCUGCGUUUCCCCCCGCCGGCGCUUGCGCCGAGUCUGGUGCACCGGUGGGGAUGGAGAAAAUCUUAGCUACCGUUAUGGAAACCUUCGUGAGAACCCAGGCGGAGAACAACAGAAUUUUCAUAGAGACCAUGAGGUCCUUGCAAGGUACAACGGAGUCGACGCCUACUGCUUCGAGCCCCGUUGCGAGUACGUCCGCCGCGCCCGGAGGUGUACGGCGAGGUUCAACGGGGAAGCACGCGACGCGGAGGGUCGAUACGGGAGCUACACACUGUAUAGCUAGCCCGAUGCUUUAUUCAAUAUUACGGGAUAGUGGUGUUCAGGUGUGUGGUUCAGGUCAGAGUAGGAUCGUGGCAACUGGUAUCGUACCAGUUAUAUUAGGGGAUAAAGAAAUUAUUACGGAGUUCAUGGUGUUUCCCGGGGACAACACCCGUACGUUAUUAGGACGCGAUUUCAUCGCUAGGGCUGGGAUAGUGUUGGACAUAGGCCAGGAGUCAUACUUUUUUUCAGAUGAUCCGGAUAAGAAGUUGCCUUUCGCGAAGUCGUUUGUUUUAAACAGCGAGUUGAUGCGAGUAGAUGUCUCGGACGUCUCCCUGCGUGAAAAUGAAGGCACGGAGUUGUCAUCGGAUCAGAGGGCCACAUUCAACAAAUUUCUGCGAGGGAGAAAGGACCAGUUCGCCACUGAAGGACCUCCUACGGAAUUCACCACGCAUAAAAUUAGGCUUUCCAUGGUCCUUUGGGAUGCUCGGGACGUUUACGAAAAAACACAAGCGAUGCAGAAGAAGUACGCCGAUGAGAACCGCCGACCAGCUCCCGAUUAUCAAGUGGAAGACCUGGUGCUGCUCAAGACGCGAGGACCCAAUGAGGCGGGCAAGGGACAGACGCCUAAGUUCAUUCCGCGACGCGACGGUCCUUAUCGAGUUAGGAAGGUGCUCAGCGCGACGACGUAUGAAUUAGAGCGGGUAGGCGUUGGCCGCUCGGGGCGCGUGGCCUUGAGUCCCGGCCGCCCGGCAGGAGGCCCUGCCGGGGGCCCGCCGUCGCCAGUCGGUGCGCACGCGUCGUAUCAGAAGGACGUGUGCAUCGUAUUCCUCCGCGACUCUCACUAUUUUAUCGAAGUUGUACUAAGGGAUAAAAUUUUUAGA